GUAGAGGAAUAGUAGAACUGAGGAGGAGUCAGAAGUGAUGGAAGAACAUGAGGAAGAGGAAGAAUAGGAGGAGGAGGAGGAGAAAGGGAAAAAGAGGGGGAACGACAAGUGGCAGUACAGAUCAAUACUCCACUUAGGGAGAUUGUUACUCUUGUCUGUGAUAACUAGUCCAUUGAUUGUUUCACCUCCAUCUCACACCCACGGCGCCGCUCAGAACCCAGUGCUCACACCCACGGCGCCGCUCAGAACCCAGUGCGAGGCAACAGGUCGCCGGGGGAGCCGCGUAGUCCAUUGAUUGUUUCACCUCUAUCUCACACCCACGGCGCCGCUCAGAAGCCAGUGCGAGGCAACAGAUCGCCGGGGGAGCAGCGUCGCGGAAGGUGGAGCAGGUGCAGCUUUGACGUACUAGCCAGAACCAGGACUAACAAAGAUGAAGGUGGUGGUGGUGGUGAUGGCGGUCUCGCUUCUAAACUUUAUCGCCGGUAGUAGAUGCGAGAACCAAACCAUCGAAGAGAAAGAUGCUGCCGAAGCUUCACUAUCAGACGCCCAUGAGAUUGAUGGAGGUGAUGACUUGCCAGAUAAGGCCAAACGAAGAGUGGUGGAAGGUUUGGCCCUGAACCUGCAAGGGCGGGGACCCGAGGUUGUUGUGCAUGGCUACCUGAACCUGCCAGACGACCUGCAAGCAUCCACUCUCUGCUUCUGGGUGAAGCCUUACAAAGUGGAGUUCUAUGUCAACUUGAUGACAAACACGAGGGUGCAGUUUUUUAUUGACAUGUACAACCUGGUUGUCACCAAGACUUCGUACAUGGUUAGAGUUAUACCUAAGAUAGAAAUCCGAGUGUGGGUGCACAUCUGCGUUGCCAUUCACGACCAAGGGUUCGACACAUACAUGAAUGGGCGUCUCACGGAACAGAUGCGUGAUCAACCAGCCUCUUUCGACGAUCAUAUGAAAGUAGUGCUGGCAGGAAAUAUUCCCAUGGUAAUUUCUUCUAAUUCUACACUCUACUACUUUUCCGGAAUGUUGGCUGAUUUGAGACUCUUCCCCAAGAAACUCACGCAGGCCGAAGCGGAUGACGUGCGGACAGGCGAGUGGCGAGGCGUCAACUACAAGAUGACCAUCAACAAAACUUUGACAACACACUCUAAACUCAAUAUCGUGCGAAACAUUACCUACGAAGAGCUUUUUCAUCGUCCACCUGAUUACACGAUUCUGUCCUUCUACGAGCCUUUAACGUAUCCGCAGACCGUGAGAGCCUGCCAAACAUAUGGUGGCUUCUUGCCGAAUACGGACACUGAAGACAUCACCACCAUCUUUAGGAAAUGUGCUACAAACAUCGGCCACUCAACAGAUAUCUGGCUUCACCAGCCUAAUUACGAUCCUCAUAACCCUAAACAAAAAUGCUCGAUGAUCACACAUUACUUGCAAGGAAAUGCCACUGUAAUGCCUUGGAAGUGUGACGGCAUAUCAAGUACCCUGUGCUGCUAUGUCCCCCGCCAAACACGAGUCAGGAUGAUUGGUGGCGAUUACUUAGAGGAAGAUAUUUUUUUUUUUGAGCAACCUUCUAUCGCGGGACAAGGCGUGAUUCUAGAAGGAGAAAAAACAUUACACGUGGGGUGGGAAAACUCUUCCAGUGUGACGGUGAUGACCAAGAAGGGGGAAGUGCUGUUCAGGCAGCAACCCGCCACCAACCACUACAUGGGCCGCAGCCUCUGGAGCGCAACGCAAGGAGGAAAUUUUAACAUAUCUUUCUCCGUCUGCAAAAAAGGGCAGUUCAGUUGCUCUAACGGCGAGUGUGUGUCCCUUUCGAAGCGUUGCGACGGUGUUCCUGCCGACUGCAGCGACAACUCAGACGAAGACGACACGUGUGGGAUUUUCCAUGGCCCUCCUCCCCAUUACUACCUAAAGAGAGGCCCGUCAGAUCCCCGCAUCAACGUGACCCUGCACGUGAUUUACGUUCGCAACGUGGACACUGACAGGAACCGUCUGGAGGUCAUGAUGGGGAUCAACUUGGCGUGGCGAGACGAGCGACUUACCUUCCACAACCUGCGUUCGUCUGAUGGUUUGCCUAACAUCCUGGACAACGACGUCCUAUCCUCAUUGUGGGUUCCGAGCCUCUACUUCCCUUACGCGCUUUUCGAGGAGAACCUGAACCUCGAGAAAGGAGCGAUGACCCACACGACCGUGGCAGCAGUGCCGGUUGGAAGUGGCUCACCAACCACCAUCAACAGUUACGAGGCCUUGGAGUUCCCGGGCAGCGGCGUGGUGCUGGAGAUGCAGGUGAUCACGCUCGUCACAACCACCUGCUCCUUCACGCUGAAGGCCUUCCCGUUUGACACACAGAUGUGCGUGAUUCCACUGCAGCUUCGAGGUUUCGGGACGCCUCAGGUAGCGGAGGAACACCUAAGAGUGCUCAGCAACGACCUCUCUUUGCCUGUGUUCGGCUUCCAUCCGGUCCGGUGCUUCUACAACGCAUCCAUGCCGCAGCAAGUGGAGAUGGGGCUUCUGCUUGAGCGACGCAAUGGGGCCUUCCUUUUCUCCUCGAUAGGGCCUUGCGUGGUGCUGCUGUUGCUGGGGCAUCUCUCCUUCGUCGCCUUCCCACUCCACCAGUUCACAGACAGAGCCUCGACCUCCCUCUCGCUGCUCAUCGUGGUGGCCGCGCUCUUCUCGCAGAUGAGCAGCACCCUGCCAGAGUCCGCACAGCCCAAGGCCAUCGACAUGUGGUUCUUCUACUGCAUCCUCCGCCUCUUCAUCUUCUUCGUCUUCCACUGUAUCGUCGAUUACCAUUACAAGAGAAGUAUCGAAGCCGACAGGAAGCAGAAGGAAUUUCUUGCCUCCUCCAAGCACCAGGAAGCUCUCAUUCCAUUCAAGGCACCGAGUUACGACAGCCUGAAGAAACCGCCGCUGCCUGACAAGGAAAACAACGAAGCGCCCCGCCACCACGGCCGAUGGGUGACAGAGGGCAAGCGUUCCUUGCCAUCCAUCACCCUGCCCCGCGCCUGGCUCACCUCCCAGCUGGUCAAUAGGAUGAGUCUGCUCUUUGGGCUGUUUCAGGACUUGAUGUUUGUGAUCGGAUUUUGUGUCCACCUGGAAACUACGAACCGCUUCACCAAGACACAGUUCAACAUCUUUAAGGACUGUUCCGGAAAGGGAUAGUAGUGGGCGAGGGGCGUGUUGACAUGGGCGGCUUGGUGAUUCUUUUACUUACUUGCAUCGUAAAGGUGAUCAGGCAAAGUGUAACAUCUUCCCGUAACGCACUGAGGGUGAUCACUACUUGUAUGUAAUGCAGUGUGUCAUUUUUCUUUCUUCCCGGUCUUGUCUCCGUAAUUCGUCUCUGUCCCUCAAAAGCUUCAUACAAUAAUUGGUUUGUUAACCCUCGUUAGCAAAGAACCACGUGUCCUCCACCCUACAAACAGAAGCUUCCUAAAUACGCUGGUGGUAUUAACUUAGAUUAAACGCAAUGUAAUCAAAACACGGGGGAAUUUCUUACAGACAACCCUCGACCACCAGCGCCAGGUUCAGUUGGUGUAGUACUUGACAACCAACGUUUGACACCAAUCACAGAUCCCCAACAUGUUACACUUUUACUUUUUAUAUUUAUUUUUGAGACAUCUUUCAUAUAGAGAGUACAGACCGUCAUAAAAAUUUGCAGGAUUCAUCGCAGUCUCCUGUAAAGACGACGCCCGCACGCGAACAACACAGAUCGUAUCGUGCAAGAGGCGGCGGCACGUGUCACUGCUUCACGUGUCCUUGGCUAUGGAGCCUACUUUAUGAUUUUUAUGAAUUUUUUUUUUCCACUGUAGCAGCCCAUGUACACAAAAGGAAAAUGGUUAAAAAAAUGGAUGAAUGGAUGUUUUUUUUUAUUUUAUUUUCUAUUUAUGGGUAAAAGUUAAUUUUUGAAAAAAAAUAUACACUUUUUUCUUCCCUUCUUCCGCAUCAUUUUCAGCCAGUGAACGUUGCUUGGAAAGAUGCAUCCGCCUUUGCCACGCACUCAACACACCCGUCAGUCUGAAACACUGACUCAGCGUGACAUUCCCGCCACGUGCCACACGCCUCUUCAGUCAGUGUUUGGCCCUAGCAACGUGCCACGGUGGUAGGCCUCGAGUCCUCUUCGUUUUUUCUCUAGUAACUCCUACAUUGAGUUUUAAAAGCAAAAAAUGAAGCUUCUAGUAUAAAUUUGGCGAGGAGGAAAUGCCACCACCGCUACUACAACCAUCAACACAGCUGCCACCACCGCCAUCACCAUCACCACAAACUCGUGCCUCGUCGGGUGUGGUGGAUGACAACGCUCAUGUUUAAUGCUGAUGUUUCCAUGUAAAAAAAAAUAAAUAAAUAAAAUAAUAAUGAAUAAAUAAACAAAUAUAUAAAAGGAUAAAUAGAUAAAAAAAAAAAAAAAACACGUCACAUUCC